GGUGCUGCGCAGGCUCCUUGUCGGGUAGGGUGCGUCUCUCAAAUGUUUCCUUUAGAAGAAUUCAUGUUCAGAAAUUGCUGUUUCUUCUCCGAGCGAUAAAAGUAAAAGUGAAAAUCUCACUUCUGCCUUUUCCAUUCUCCUCCCUGUGCUCAACAGUUAAAAAAAAAAAAAAAGAAGAAGAAAAAAAGAAAAAAAGUGAUAAUUCCACUCUUGCUUUUUUGGGAGGUUUCUCAUUCUGGGCUGUUUUCAUAUUGACUCACUGUGAGAUCACUGUGUUUCAGUACUGAAUUCAGAAGGUUUGUAAGUGCAGCCUGUAAUUGCCUGCCGUUUGGAAGGUUACCUCUGCAUCCACUGUCAACCUGCGCCUAUGGUGUUUAGACCUGUCAAGGUUUGGGUAACUGCUUGCUAGAUCCUUUCUCUUCAUGAAUCCUAUGUGAAUUGUGGCACGUGCCUAAAAGAGACUGACAUUCCCCAGAAAGCCUUCCUGAAAGAGAUAAGGUUGAUGACUGGAUUGAUGACUAAGGACAUCUGUAUUGGCUGAACUCAGCACCUAUAUUUUCUGCCUUGUUAGCAGAACUGAAGCAUGGUCGUAGGACUGGCUCUGCCCUUGUUUGCCCCCAGAUGAAAACAUUACUGUUCUCAGCUGGCUUUCAGUCUGACCAAGAAGAACUCAGUUUUCUGGAGAAAAAGUGAAAAGUAACUCAAGGAAAUGACUCUCAUGGUUUUUUUGUUAAUUUUUAUCACUGAAACAGCCACAGAGAAGCUGUGUCCUCUUCGUGCCUCCAUUGAUGUGCUAGAAGGGGAGUAUUUUUUCCUUUGUUUUCCUAAGUCAAAACAACAACAUUCUUGGAAAGAAGAACACACAAUAAACUGGCACAAAGAAAGCGCUGGAAGACAGAAGCAAAUACAGGAAACACAGAGAAUUGUAUCCCAAAUGAAUUUUCUGGAGUUUUGGCCAGUUGAACUUGGUGACUCUGGGAAUUACUUUGUCACUCAAAGCAAUGGAAGUCUCACAAUUCAAAACUGGACCUUGAAUGUACUUGAAAGAAAUAAAAGCAGCUGUUUCAAUCAGAAUCAUUUAACAACUGAAAUUCAAAGUGCUGGAAUUGGUCAUUCAUUGAAAUGCAGUGAUCUGUCUGUCAAUGAAAAUGACAGCAUAACAUGGUAUAAGGACUGUAAGAGAUAUGAAAAUGAAAGGGGAAGGGAACUGGAUUUUAAAACCUUAUCAGUUCAGCACUCUGGUAUAUAUACCUGCAAAAUUUCCAUCAGCCGUGAAGGAAAGAUAUACCACAGCACCAAUACAAUCAGGCUGGUAGUAGAAGAAGAUGCACCGGAGACUGUAACUUUGGAGAUAGUUGGACGGAAUGAAGAAAUUCAAACAGAAAUAGGUAAAGAAGAGACACUCAACUGCACAGGUUUCUUGGGUUAUUAUAUACAAGAAGAUGCCAGCCUCUACUGGUGGUUUAAUGAUACAUUUCCAAAAAAAUGUUCAGGUAUUCCUGAGGCUGACCCUCCAAUAUGUGAAGAAGAUUUAAAAAAAUCACAUUUGGGAAACAAGUUUUAUAUCACAAGGCUUCUACGGAUUAAAAAAGUAAGAGAGGAGGACUUACAUCACAAUUUCACCUGCAAAUUGCAAGCUGAUGAAAUAACGCACAUAAAAGUAGUGAAACUGAAAAAAGGAAACACCCGAGAUCUGUCCAUGCACGUAUUUACAACUGGAAUGAUCCUUGCUGUACUGUUUCCAUGUGUUGCUAUGGCUGUGGUAGUUGUCUGUGUGAUAUUCAGAGUAGACUUAGUUCUAUUCUACAGAAACAUAAGCCAAAGAGAUGACACUGCUGGAGAUGGAAAAGAAUAUGAUGCUUUUGUAUCAUACCUGAAAGACUGUGUUUCUACUAGUGAAGAAGAGAGAGAAUUUGCUUUGAGGAUAUUACCAAUGAUAUUAGAAGAAAACUUUGGGUACAAGUUAUGUAUAUUUGAGAGAGAUGUAUCUCCUGGAGGCGCUGUUGUUGAUGAUAUCCAUUCAUUCAUUGACAAAAGCCGAAGAUUAAUCAUUAUAUUGAGCCAGAACUACAUUUCUGACAGAGCCAUAUAUGAACUUGAGAGUGGACUGCAUAAAGCUCUAGUAGAAAGGAAAAUGAAGAUUAUAUUAAUUGAAUAUAUGCCUAUAAGUGACUACGAUUUCUUGCCAGAAUCACUGUCUCUUUUGCCAUCAAAGAGGGUUGUUAAGUGGAAAAAAGAUAAAUCUCUCCCUGUGAAUUCCAGAUUUUGGAAGACCCUUCGAUACCUAAUGCCAGCAAAACCUACCAAGUCAAACACCAAAGGACACUGUAUGAAUCUAGAUCUAGGCUCAGAAGGGACUCAACCAUGGACUGGAGACUGUGACUUUAGUACAGUUAUAUAGGAAUUCUGGAGAUGGAAGAUGCGGCGGAAAGCUGCCAGCUCCAAUAACUUCAAAUAGAAAACACAAACUGAAAUUGCUUUUGUGAGACAGUGUUCAUAACAGUCUGAGAUUUGAGAAGAAUGUAAGAGUCAUCACACUGGCUAGAAUCAUGUUAACUCCAGUACUAAAUUACAUCCCGAAGGAUGUUUCCUCAGCAGUCUGCACAAAGAGCUGAACUCUUACUCCGCAACAGCUUCAUUGUAACCUUUUGGUAUCACAUAUUCCUACCUGUAGAACGACAUUGGUUAAAUAUGCAUAUUUCUGAUAUUUAGGUGCUUUUGGUUUUUGUGCUUUGAUAUUUUCUAAGGAUCCUGUUUGGAAGCAGAACCAAAUGGCUCCUACUCUAGAGAGCCUGGCAGACAGGCUUUGAGCGGCACUGAGCAGAGAAGUGAAAACGGAGAAAAGCAGAGACAGGGGAGUCAGAUUUAAUCGGGCUGACAGUAUUCACUGCUGAGUAGUGUGCCAUGGUAAAAGGAGACAAGGGAAAAUAGGGCUAUGCAUACAUAAAUUAACAGCAAUUCUUAUUGCUCUUAGGUCCCAAUUCGCUGACUUUAACCAAGGCUUAAAAUAUCUGCUUUCUGUUUGCCAGUCUCUAGAGAAAUGAGGCUAUAGUAAGGCUUUUAUAGACUGUAGCUUUGUUGAUUUUCUUGAUGAUGUUUUUGUCAAUUAAUAUGUGAAUUGACAUGAUUGUUGUUUAGAGAUCAUUUCAGUGAUUCCUUUAGCAUUUUUGUACCAUUUUUUGCACUUAAUAAAAAUUUAUUUCCCCCUCUGUA